CGACACUGCUGCCAACCUUGGCUAAAUUCGCAGGAUCAACUUCCUUAUCUUUUAUCAGCUCUUUUAACAAUAAAAAAUUUAACUUAUAAAAAAAACACAAUGCUGACGCUCUUUGUUCACUGUUCCAGUAAUUCACUUUUGUCUUCUGGUCUAAUGUGUCGGAUCCGUUUAUAUGAAGAGUUAAACGCUGAAUGAUUGAAAAAAAUAUGUAAGGAAUUUCUUUCAAAUGUUGAAAAAUUGAAUGUAAAAAAAAAAUAAAUAGUGAUUUUAAAGUGUUAAUUUACAAAAAUGUCGGGAGGAGAAAGAAAAAAGCGAAGUGAUCGCGGACAUGGAUGGGAGGAAGCUGGAGCUGAAUUUUAUCAGGAAAGUUAUCCUGCUGCAAUGGAAGCUGAUUUACAACAAGCUUUACAGAGAGAUCCUUCACAUAUUGCUACAUUGCUUCCUAGUAAAAAAUCUCGCGUUGCAACUACAAAACGAGUUCGACAUGAGCCGCGAACAACUUUACGAAGACGUACAAGUACACGUUCACGAUGUGCAAGUACUGCGAGACGAAUGUCAACAAAUGUUCAUGAUGCUCAAGUAUCAAUGCUUCCCGAUUUAUCAGAAAAUCUUUCCAAUGAGGAACGUACAUGGGAAGAAAUUAUGCAAAUUAAAGCGAUGCCCGUUUGUAUGGCUCAGAAAAUGCAGCUCAAGAAUCAAUUACAGAGUGCGACAAAAUUGCGUCUUCAAGGUUUCGAUCAAUUAAAAUGGCAACGAAGAAAAGCAUGGCAACAAUUUCGAAGUCGCGUUAAGGAAACAUAUGCAAAAAUUUCACUCUGGAAUGGAAGUUUAAAGAAGAUUGGCGGUAAUUUUGGCAUGGGUAUUGUUGCUUAUUUUUUAUUUAUAAAAUGGUUACUUUUUCUCAAUUUAUCAUUAUUUUUGAUAAUUUUCAUAUUUCUCAUUUUACCAAUAAUUCUCUUGGAAUCGCCAUCGUCUGAUUAUUGCACAACAAAUAAUACAAAUAUUAUUGAAUGUUGCAGUGAAUUAUAUAUGAAUAAUUCCAAGGAAUUAAAUGUAAUCACUGAUUUUAUGCAGGGAAAUAAUUUUCUCGAAUAUACAUUAUUAUUUUAUGGUUAUUAUGCUCAUAAAUCAUAUGGAAAUAUUGAUAGUGGAUUUUUAUAUGAUUUACCACUUGCUUAUAUGGGCGUAAUGAUGGCAAUAUUUUUUAUAAGUUUAAUUGCAAUUGUUAGAUCAUCAGCGAGAGAAUUUCGUGAGAGAGUCGUUGAGGGUGAGGGACAAUUUUAUCAGUAUUGUAAUUUGAUAUUUGGUGGUUGGGAUUAUUGUAUUAAUAAUGAAAAAGCAGCGGGAAUUAAGCACAAAGCAUUGUUUAAUGAGAUGAAAGUUCUUCUCGAGUCGGAAAGACUUGAAGAAGAAAGGCAAAAUCGUACAAAAGAAGAAAAGGUGAAAUUAUAUUUCAUACGUCUUUUUGUUAAUUCAAUUGUUCUUGUUGUUCUUGGCUGUUGUGGAAUUUUUAUUUAUUGGGUAAUUGAUUUUUCAUUUCGUGAAGUUAGCACAAAAAUUGCUCACGAUUCAAGUGUAACAUUUUCAUUUAAUACACUUGGUCAAAUUUUGUUUGAAUUUUUACCCUAUAUUUGUAUUGUUGGAUUAAAUAUUAUUGUGCCAUUUUUGUUUCGUUAUCUUGUAACACUUGAGAAUUAUAGUCCAUUGUUUGUCGUACGUGUUACAUUAUUUCGAACAAUAUUUUUGAGACUUGCCUCUCUCGCUGUAUUACUUUUUAAUUUCUAUAUGAAAAUUGUUAGCGAAGUGGAAGAAAAUGAAUGUACUGAUGAGUCGGCAAAUCGGCCAUUAUGCUGGGAAACAUUUGUUGGACAACAAUUUUUGAAACUUUAUCUCACUGAUUUUAUUACACAAAUUUUUUUAACACUUUUCAUUAAUUUCCCACGUUCAUUAUUAGCGAGAAAUUCGGAAAAUAAAAUUCUUCGAUUUAUUGGCGAGCAACAAUUUGAUUUGCCAAAACAAGUAUUGGAUGUUGUUUAUUCGCAAACAAUUUGUUGGCUUGGAGCAUUUUUUGUGCCACUUUUGCCAUUGGUCGCGGCAAUUGGAUCAUUUUUUAUUUUUUAUAUUAAAAAAUUCGCAUGUUUAGUGAAUAGUACGCCAUCGAAUCAAGUUUAUAGAACGAGUCGAUCAAAAUCUUUAUUUAUGUUUGUUCUUUUGAUAACUUAUAUUUUAGCUAUUAUUCCUAUUGGUUAUUAUGUUGUAAAAUUAACUCCAUCCAAAGCUUGUGGUCCAUUUAAGGGUUUAAAAAAUGUAUGGUCAUUGAUGCUUUUGACAUUUUCACAAUUUCCAAAUUGGCUUCAAUCAUUUUUCUCAUUUCUUGGUACUGCCGGUUUUGGUGUACCGGCAUUUGUUGUAUUGUCAUUACUUGUUUAUUAUUAUUUUGCCGUUGCCACAGCCAAUAAACAUAUGGUGACUGUAUUAAAAAAUCAAUUAGUUCUUGAAGGUCACGAUAAACAAUUUUUGUUAAAUAGACUCAGUGCUUUUAUUAAGCAACAACAGGAGCAAUCGAAAUAUCAUCAGGGCUCUGAUUUAGGUACUUUUACAUAGGUUUAAAUAAAAAAUGAACAAAAUAUUUCAUGUUAUUUCGAUGACAACGAUUCGUAUUUUUUUUUGCAUUUAUUAAAUUAUUAAUUAAUAAAGCAAAUUUUUUUAUUUAUUUAAAUUCAAAUAAUUUCGAUUUUAUUUUAAUUUAUAAUUAAUGAUUACAAAAACAGUAUUUUGUUAAUUAACUUUUAAUGAGAAUGAUUUAAUUAAAUUCAAUUUAAAUUGAUUCAAAGUAAUUGUUUUAUCGUAUAAAAAUUAAUUAAAAUACUUGUUAUAUUGUUUUUAAAGAUAAUGUUGCGUUUUUUUUCGGAAAAUUGAUAAAAUACACGAAUCGUUGUUAUCGGUAUUCUGUUAUUUCCAUGAACAGGGUAUAAUGAUUGAGCGAUAAUUUCUUUUUUUUUAAGACUCUAGUCACUUGUAAGUUCUUUCUAGAAAAUUUAUAGUCUGAUUUGAUAUAUAUAUACAUAUACAUAUAUAUAUGUAGAAUUUAUUUACACUUUUUAUACGACACUUUAAAUAGAGAUUUAACAACAUUUUUUACAUUUCUGAUCUCCAAGGAAGUCUUUCAGAAAGCCAAUAAUAAAUUUUUUAUAUAACAAUUUUUUUUUAAAUAAAUAUUACCAAAAGUAGAUUUUAUUACAUAUUAUAUAAAAUUCAGUAAGGGUUUUUCUUUUUUCUAAAAGUUUAUACUAUCUACCGAUGAAAUCUGAAUCUUGGGAGUGUUCAUAUUACGCUCAAUAUAGCCAAAAUCUUUUUUCAACGUAUACAAUAUUUAUUGAAAAAAAAAAUUAAUGGAAUGAAAGAAUUGUAUGUUUUAAAUAAUAUAUAUGUAGAAUUCAACGUGAUAAAUAAUUGCAAACUGAUAUUUUAAUCUAAUAAUUAUAAGUGAAUUGUAUAUAAAUUGUGCACUUUUUAUAUCUGUUUCAUUUGUAUUUUUUUUUUUUUUUUUUUUUUUUUUUUUAA